AUGGGUGUAGGCAAUGCAAGGUCAGGCGAGUCAAGGUCAUGUGAUGAGACGAGUCCGCAAUGCCAGCGCUGUCUGAAGCGACAGAUCCCCUGUUCCUUUCUCGAGGACGCCCCGGAGGGUUUGUCAGCCACGCCGACAAAUUUGUCCAUACAUGACACAGCUACCCCGAGAAGCCUCGACUAUCAGCCUUCUGACCCAGACUUACCACCUCACGCGCUGUUGCCUCCUGGGCAAUCUCAACUUAUGAACCAGACUCCUGAAGGAGAUUCGGCCCCGGAACCCAAGCGCUUUGAUCUUCUAGAUCUGGAACUGGUCCAGUUCUACUCCACUCGGACGUAUAUGACCAUGUCGUCGAGAAUCUCAUCACACGCUGUAUGGCGAGACACUGUCUUUGCAGAAGCCCUACGCCAUGAUUUUCUACUUCAUGGCUUGAUGGCCACUGCUGCUCUCCACAAGGCCACGAUGCAGGCGAAGACUUCAGACGCAUAUGCCGAAUAUUCAAAAGUCGCCUUGGCCCAUCAAAACGCGGCAUUGGCCGGCUAUAUUCCAGCCGUCAAUAAACCCAAUCAGGACAACGGUAUCGCCCUAUUCUGUCUGUCUCUCUUUCUCACCAUUUGGGCCUUUGCCUCUAAACGACUCCCUGAGGGACUGCAUAGCGUCAAGCUGGAGUUGAACCAGGGCGACUCUCCAGGAAUCACACUGCCACUGCACUCGCCUACCGCCGACUUCAUCGAAAUCAUCAUGAUCCUUAGAGGCAUAUAUGCCGUCAUUAGGGAGACGGAUACAUGGCUCCAAGGUGAUAUCGAAGAGCUGUUGCGAUACCCGCUACCAGGCGAUCUGCCCCCACACCCUGCCGACAUAGCAGAGGCCUUCAACCUCCUCGCUGGAGUCGCGGAUGAUCCUAAGCUGAUGCCUUUGCUUGGGGGCGAGCAUCCUGCAGCAAGCAGGGACUUUUUUCUUGAGCAUCUCGCGCGGCUGCGCGAUAUCACACGUUGCCGAUCCGUUGUCGAAUGGGAUGGACAUAUCUUUUCAUGGUUCAUUAUGGCACCUGCCACGUUCAUUCAUUCUCUCAAACGUGGGAAUCCUUCGUCUCUGAUUCUCUUCGCUCACUGGGCAGCUGCUUUCCGAUGUAUGGACCAUCACUGGUGGGCCAUCGGAUGGGCGUACAGUCUGGUCGUUGACAUCUCAGCUCUGCUUGACCCUAUUUGGACACCAUAUCUUGAGUGGCCGAGGAGACAGAUGGGUUUGGUAUUUGGGGACACUGCACAUUUGGACGCACGAAGGGUUGCUUGA